AUGUCUUCUUGGAGAAUAACUAACCACUCAAGUUCUUCAGAAGAUGAUCUAAGCCGGUACGCAUCAAUCACAGAUGAAAAGAAGAGGAAGAGGAUGAUAUCCAACCGUGAGUCGGCAAGGCGUUCCAGGAUGAAAAGGGAGCAGCACAUUAAGGAUCUCAAUGAUCAAGUCACAUAUUACACAACCAAAAGAGCUACUAUACUUCAGAAGAUGGACAGAGUCGAGGAAAGCUAUGCAGCCAUUGCAGUGGAGAAUGAAGCCCUCAGAAUGCAGGUUGAUGACCUGACCAAGAGGCUGCAGUUGCUCGACCAAUUUUUGGUUUCUUCUAACAGCUCUGACACCAAAUGCUCUGGAAAGGAUAUCCUCCAAGUGCCUUCACCUACGCCAUGGCAGCAGCAGCAGCAGCCUCUUUUCAGGUCUCGAUGA